GAAGUACUGGCAUAAGUUCUUAUUGGCUUUAUUUGACCAACACGAAUGGCUGAUCCGACACUUGUUUACAGACGUUACCAUGGUUAUGUCAGCACCAUUAUUUGUGUGACUGGAAUUGUGGGUAACCUUGUAAGUUUGAUUGUCUGGAAUCUGAAGAAGUCUCAGAAGCCCACCUACGUCAUACUUUCCUCCCUGGCCAUUGCAGAUUCUCUCUGUCUGUUGAUGUUCCAAAUCUACGUCAUUUGUUUCUUUAUGGUGAUGUCACCAAACGACGAGGAAACUUACACAGAAGUAGGCAUGUAUAUUGUGAUGAUUAGCUUCCAUCUGUUCAUUGCAUUCCACAUGCUUUCCACGUGGUUGACGAUCACAAUGAUGAUUUUCAGAUACAUUAAGAUUGUGAAACCUACACUUGCGUCCAAGGCAUGCACAAUUAAAAGGGCAAAGAUAAGUAUUGCAAUCGUCACUGUUUCUGUAUUCUUCGCAUCGUCUGCAAACUACCCUUUCUACAAAGUUCAGAAAAUUUCGAACAAUGUUACAAACGCUUCGAGUUAUUUUCUUGAACCAACGGAGUUUACAAAAUCCCAUCCCGAAUAUCCGACUAUUUUGCUGUGGAUUUAUGGCGUGGUAGUGAAAAUCAUCCCCAUCUUGACGAUCGUCGUCCUUUGUACGCUGAUAAUUUGCUUCAUUCAGAAGGCCAAAAGACGAGUCCAAGAUAUCACGGGAGGUGUCUCAUCUGGGGACGCAUACAACCAGACGACCAAAAUGCUCACCGUCAUUGCCUUCAUUUACGUCUUUACAGAACUCCCUAUUGGCAUCAUGUCUUUUAUUUCUGGUUUCCAUGGCGAUGACGGACAUCUUUUUUACUUUCUUCUGUUCUCAGGCGUCGGUGAUUUGCUUGACUUAUGUACCUUAAUCAACAGUAGUGUAAACAUUUUCGUGUAUAUUUAUCUGAGCCCCGAUUUCCGAGCUAUUCUACUAGACAGAAUGAAAUGCAAAAUCAAUCAAUAGUAAAUAUUCAUUAUUCGCUAGAUUGUGGUUUUCUGCCUUCAAAGAUUUCUUUUUGUUUUUGUUCUCUCCAUAACAUCAAAAAAUGGCUCUGAUGUCGUUUUUAGAUCUAAGAUUAGUUUUUUUUAAAGUGUUUUAUACAAUUACGUAUGUAUUUUUUGAUUCUAUUUUCAUUCUGUAAAACGUGCAUAUUCACGGAAAUAGACAAUUUCCUGCGUUUGUUGUUGUUUAAUCAUUAUAUGACCUUUAAAGCUGAUGUUUUACGUUGUUUUAGCAUAAUUGUACAACAUACUUCAGACCAAAAAUAAAUUUGAACUGUAUCAAAUGUUUACUGAUAUGAAAAUUCUCCUAUUUGUCUACCAAAACAGCUCUCUAUCUUAUCACAAUCUAUUUUUCAUGUUUGUUUAUUUUUGAUGUUCGUGAAUAAAUGCAAAUAUAUUUUGUU